AACAGGUUACAGCAAAUCAAAACAUCAGAAAUUUUACAACGUCAUAGUUGUUUAUAUUUAUUUUGUAUAGAAUAACAGUAAGAAAAAAUAAGAAAUGUACUUCCGUGGAUCUUCCUUCGCUGCCACAGCCAUUUGGUUGUUUGUUCUGGUGUUGGAGCAACAGCACAGUGACGUAGCCGUGUCUGCAGCAUCCACGAAUGGCACAAAGGCCAUCAAUAGCUCGGUGCCCAGUGUACCGGCAGCAAUUCCAGAAGCUCUAAAGCCGGAUGAUCGUAAAACCGUUAAGAAAGCCCUGUCCAUAGAGGCGGUGCCCAAUCAGAAGGUUGCCGAUGUCGUCAUUGCUGAAAAACCUGAGCUAACGUUGAAGGAACAAUCCAAGGAGUCCCCACAGGCCGCUGCCCCAGAAUCGCCAUCCUCCGGUCUGCCUGUGGAGGAUGUGCGCAUCGAGCACUCCAGCAUGGGCAAUGAUGUGGACUUUCCGGGACAAGCCGUUGUCUACGUUCUGGUGGCAAUAACUAGUUCCGCCAUUUUGCUGCUUGUCUUGCGUGUCUAUCGCAUGCGAUUAACACGGGCAGAGCGCAAAUAUGGAGUGCAAGGCGACAGGGCCAAUCAGGAGCUAACACCGCUGCCCAUGGCCAUCGAAGACGUCAACAGCGACGAGGAGGACCACACCGUGUUUGAGGUCAAUCGCCAGAAUAUACGCAUAUUAUGAAACAGCUAACACAAUUGCACGCCAAAGAGAUAUUUGGUCGCCACACCAUUCUCAACACUUCUCAGCAACUUGCCUUCUCAGCUGGUCUCCGUAACUAUAUAAUCCUUGUAGAAUUACGUAUUAGCCGGUAGCAAACUUUGCAAAUUGCCUGAUUUCCUACUUGGUAACUGAGUUCUGUGUAACUUUCUCCCACAGUUGGUUCCCGUUUAACGAAUCAAAAGAAAACAAAACCACUUGUGAUAACUUUAACGAUAUAUGAAUAUGUCUGUAAGAAUAUAUUGUAGAAGACGCUAAAGCGCUGAAGGCAUGCCAAUUUCGGUCAGCGGAUGCUUUCACAAUAAAUGUUAUAUUAAAUGUACUGCACA